GUACCAAAAACCAGCCGCGACCGCGGCUACUGUAAUUCUUUCAACCGUAGUGCUCGUGUUCAGUGCUUCGGGAAACCAUGGACGGUUUCGGGUCUCCCUCGUCGUCGUCCGCCUUAAAGGCACGCUAUCCCAUGUAUGUGAUCCCAGUGAAGAAGUUAAUGCAGAUGAAGAAAUUCUUGAUUCAUCGGGAGAUGAUGGAAAGGAACUUGUUGCAGGAGUACACUGCUGAAACCGAAGGUCGUGUCAUUGUGGUGUCGCAUCAAUGGCUCAGUUACAACCACCCAGAUCCGGAUCAGGAACAUUUCUUCACGUUGAAGAGACUCUUAGACCGGCUGGGCAAUGGUGAGGUGAACAGGGUGGAGGACUAUUGGCUCCACGCCGUGAUGUUUCGCUCCGCUGGCAUCACCGCGCGAGAAUGGAAGAACGAAUUUGAAAAUACCUUCGUGUGGAUUGACUACUGCUGCAUUCCGCAAGUGGAGGUUGACAUGGAUCCGCGCACGGUCACACUCAGCGGCUUAGCAGUACAAUCCAUCGCUGCGUACGUGGAAAGGGCGUCAUUGCUAUUGGUGCUGGCACCCAUUUGUGUCCACAAGGAUUCACAGCAAGCAUGUAACUUCUCCAGCUGGCGCAAGCGCGGUUGGUGCCGAUUGGAGAUGAUGAGCGCCCUGCUCUCGGCGAGGGAUGUGCGUGUCAUGGUUUGCCAGGGCGCUGAGGCCACGCCCUUCUUGUUGCACCCGUUUGAAGCUCCCCGCAUGCCCGUGGGCGAUGGCCAUUUCAGCUGCUGCGAACUGGGCCACAACAUGGGUGGCCACACCAUGGCCUGCGACAAGCAGCGCCUGCGGGGCGUCAUGGAGGAAAUGUUGCAGGCGAAAGUGGCGAGUUACAAGGGUGAAGGAAAAGCUGCUGAGAAGAUGUGGUGGGCCUGCAUGCAGGGUUUCCUGUUGAAGGGUCUUCCAGAGAAGGAAGUCUCCUUCUGUAUCCCUGAGGGCAUGUCUCUCUUUCCAGAUGAGGAGGAAGAUGUGGAGAAGUUGCACCACUUCCUUCGGCAGCGUUUCAACACCAACCGGGGCCUGGAGGCGUUGAAGAGGAUGAUUGGUUGGACCGACUACGACAAGAAACGCGCGGAUGCCUCAGGUUUUACUCUCAUGAUGUGCGCAGCAAUCUCGGACAACGCGGAUGCAGUUCACGAGCUGGCAGUCAGAGAUAUCACCGGCAACUUGGUGAACCAAGGUCUCAAGAGGCAGUUCUAUCACCUGGCCUUCAUGUGGAAACACGUGAGGCCUUUGGGCGCUGCCAUGGCCUAUGCCAGUUGGGAAACGGUCCAAGCCCUCCUUGACUCGGGAGCGGAUCCGCGAGCACGAGCUCACAACGGUAUGGAUGCCUUUUUCUUCGCUUGUUGUCUCGGGAAUCUCGAGAACAUCAAGGGAUGGUUGAAGACCUUCCCCACGUGGGACAUGGAUCGAACCAUUCCUAUCUUGGGCCUGAGCCCCUUGUGCGCAGCUGUGUGCAGCGGCGCCAAGAAGG